AUGUCUCUGGUACUUGAGUCUAAUGAAUCCCUGCCUUACAUAGAUCCAGAGCCUACCGCCGGUCAGAAGGAGAGGGCCAGGGCGCUGAUCGACAAAGAAUUGCCUGCAGACUAUCUGACGACGCCGCAUCCCUCACUACCCCCUCUUCACGAGACCAAGUUCUCCGAAUCGAUGUCAAAGGAACUCGAGCGGGUCGCUGCAGGGCAGCCUAUGCAGGGAGGGAUUGACAUGGGGAGAUAUGAAGCACCUGAGAACGAGGACAUUGUGGACCUAGAUGUGAAGGCUAAGCGGCUCGCGCUACGGCAGGCGUAUGUUGCAAGCACCUUUCUCUCGGGCAGGCAGGACAAUCUGCAACUCCUAGACGAGCAUGGCAAGAACGCUUGGCUCGUCAGCAACGACCGCGCCGAAGAGAUACUCAAGGACCUGGAGCGCACGUUGGCUAUGCUGAAAUCCGAAACGGACGCAAUCAACAAGAGUCGGAAGGCCACCCAGGAGGCACACAAGGCGGAACUUCUCGGAUUGCAAGAUGCCUGGAGGCGAGGUAUUGGCCAGAUUCUCGAAACUGAAGUCGCGACGGAAGAGCUACGGCAGUUGAUUUACGACCGGCAGCGCCAACAGCACACGCGUUGA